AUGGGCUCGGCGGCCGAGCUAGCGCAGCUGCUGCGGGCAGCUCUGCGGGCAGAGGAGCCGUGGAACGUAGAGGAACUGCUGCGGCGUGGCGCCGACCCCAACUUGGUGCUCCCGGACGGCGCCGCGGCCAUGCACCUGGCGGCCGGGGCGCGGCGCCCGCGCGGCCUCCGCUGCCUCAGUUUGCUGCUGCGGCGUGGUGGGGACCCCAAUGCCCGUUCGGCCGAGGCGCUGACCCCGCUGCACGUGGCGGCCGCCUGGGGCUGUUGCCGUGGCCUUGAGCUGCUGCUGAGCCAGGGAGCGGACCCGGCGCUGCGCGACCAGGACGGGCUCUGCGCGCUGGACGUGGCGGAGCAACAGGGGUACCCGCACUGCGCGCGCAUCCUGCGGGAACUGGGGACGCGGAACCAGACCUCGGCACCGACCCAGGAGCCCAAGCUCAAACCUGGCGGCCCUGAAGGAAACAGACUGGUCACCAGCCCCUUUGGCCUUCCCGACGGGACCUCGGACUCCACAGUGCUCCAGACCCAGCUGGGCAGAAGUGACAGCAGGAACGUGGACCGAGAGGCUGCUGACCAGGAUAACAGCUCGGAGGCCCCCCUGGGACUUUGGGAUGGCAGCUCUGAUGCCUCCUUUGUCACUGCAGUGGAAGCCUCUGGAGCUGAGGAUUCAGCCCCUGAUGGGCCCCACGGGGCUGGGUCAUUGCCCCAGACCAUGCAGGGACUCGUGCCUGGUGCCCGUCACCCCCAGCAAGUGCCAGGGUCUUUGGAUGCCCCACCACCAGCACAUCGAGCCAUAAUGGGGAACAAGGAGACAGGACUUAGCACCUGGUUACAGGCCCUGAAUCUGGCCUCAGCAGAUGCCGACGGCUCCACUUCUUCCUCUUCCCCUUCUUCCACACCCUGCGCGGCCCAGAGUCCCCCACGGGAAUCUGACCUCCACUUCCUGACUGACGACCAUACGUCCCUUGACAGUGAUGUGGCUGCAGUCUGGCUGACAGAGGAUGAGGGGCAGUCCACAGACAGCAGGGACCCCAUCCCCACUUGCUGGUGCCCACCAGCCUCCACCAUGUCCAACCUGGAGCUGUUGCAGCGAUGCAAAGCACACAGAGUGCGCCCCGGCCCCGUCACCACCUUUACCCGACCAUGCUACCUCCGUCGGCUGGAAGAAGCUAAGGCUGGGCCUGCUCUAGACUUUGCAAGGCACAGCCCAGAGCUGGCCAAGGCCCUGCGGACGGGCCGGAUCCCACUUGCCCAGGCAGAUGAGGAUGCAUUGGCACAGGAGUUUGAGCGGCCUGACCCCUCCAGGAGGUGGCGGGAAGGGGUUGUCAAGUCUAGCUUCACAUACUUGCUGCUGGAUCCCAGGGAAACUCAGGAUCUGCCAGGCCGAGCCUUCUUGCUGACCCCAGCUGAACGUCUCCGGACAUUUGUCCGUGCCAUCUUCUAUGUGGGCAAGGGGACCCGGGCCCGGCCAUACGCACACCUCUGCGAGGCUGCUGGCCACCAUGGGUGGCCAGGAAAGCAGGCCUGCCCCAAGGUGCGCCGGAUCCUGGACAUCUGGGCCAGUGGCUGUGGUGUCGUCUCCUUGCAUUGCUUCCAACAUGUGGUUGCUGUGGAGGCCUACACACGGGAAGCAUGUCUUGUGGAUGCUUUAGGGAUCCGGAUGCUGACUAACCAGAAACAAGGGCACUGCUACGGAGUGGUGGCGGGCUGGCCUGCUGCCCGCCGCCGCCGCCUGGGGGUGCACCUGCUACACCGUGCCCUCCUCAUCUUCCUGGCCGAGGGAGAACGAGAACUGCGGCCCCAGGACGUCCAGGCCCGCAGCUGA